GCGAGAGGAGAAGCAUGCUUGCAGCUCUGGAUCCCCUUCCAUGGAUUCUCCUCUAAAGGUAUGCUUUUCGAUUGCUCUUUAUUUCUUAUGAUCCGUUGCACUUGGGGUUGGGCUAGAAAUAACUAUAGAUGGCCAGAAGGUAUGGAGUGUGUUGAUGAACGGGGAAUAUCAUGUUGCAGUGCCUAGAGGGGUUUAAGCACUUGUUUGCUGUCCUGCUGAAGUGCUGUGAUAUUGACUUCAAGCAGCCGAAGGGACUUGAAGAUCCGGAACUUCUAGCAAGGGAAACUGUUUUUAGUGUAAGUGAAAUAGAAGCAUUAUAUGAGUUAUUCAAAAAGAUAAGUAGUGCCGUGAUUGAUGACGGGUUGAUCAACAAGGAAGAGUUCCAGCUAGCACUAUUCAAGACUAGCAAGAAAGAGAGCUUAUUUGCUGAUCGGGUAUUUGACUUGUUUGACACAAAGCAUAAUGGGAUCCUAGGUUUUGAAGAGUUUGCACGUGCUCUCUCUGUCUUUCAUCCAAAUGCGCCAAUUGAUGAUAAGAUUGAAUUUUCUUUCCAGUUAUAUGAUCUCAAGCAACAAGGCUUUAUUGAAAGGCAGGAGGUGAAGCAAAUGGUGGUGGCCACUCUUGCCGAGUCUGGCAUGAAUCUCUCUGAUGAAGUCAUAGAAAGCAUCAUUGACAAGACAUUUGAAGAAGCCGAUACUAAACAUGACGGGAAAAUUGACAAAGAAGAGUGGCGCAAUCUUGUCUUACGACACCCGUCUCUUUUGAAGAAUAUGACUCUUCAAUACCUCAAGGACAUCACAACAACAUUCCCGAGCUUUGUGUUUCACUCUCAAGUCGACGAUACCUGAGGGUUCGAGUUUGUUGCCAGUUUGAAGUUUAGUUGGGUUAUUCAUAAUGGUUUGUUUUCAACUCAUCUAGGUAGUAUGAGCAUCAUAAAUAUACAGUGCGCAAAGGAGUGCUUUGAGAUGGAACUAAUGGUUGGUAGGAAGAAUUUCUGCAGCUUGUGUUCAUGUUUUAUUGCCCUACAAACUCUGCUUUCUUGACUCCCAUAAUUCUCACCUCCAUGUUUAUAAAUUUCUGAUUUAUUUGUUUGUUUGUUUGUUAUAUGAUAUUCAACCCAGAAAUAAGCUUGGUAUUUAGCAAGAUAUGCAGGAAUGUGUAGUCAUCUGUUGUGCUGAAAUGUGUUAUACAUUUCAAUGGUUGCUUUGAGAUUUGUGAAGAUAAAAAUUAAGGGUGGGGAUUUGGUUUA